AUGAUUUUAAUUAAAUUUAUCGUAUCAACUGUGUUACUGGUACAAAUAUACUGUGGCGCUGUACCUCAUGCUCGUAAGACAUGCAGUGAUUGUGUAGCAUACACGUCAUGCCCUGGUGCUCUUCAUCUCCUAAAGAGUAAAAGAGACAGACAAUCUGCUGAUAUUUUUUUAGCUGCAGCAUGCAGCUCACAAAAUGAAGACAAAACUUUUAAGGUGUGCUGCUCCGAAUUUCCUGUAAUCACUGAUAAUAUCGAGGAAUCAUUUGACGAAAGUAAACAGGAGCUGUUACCGAAAAAUUGUGGUCGAAUACUUUCAAGCCGAUUGUUAGGAAACUCAAGAUCCAUGUUGUACGAAUUUCCCUGGAUGGCUUUAAUAGCGUACAGAACCCGUGAUGGCGUCGAGUUUCAAUGUACCGGAUCUAUAAUUAACUCAAGAUAUAUAUUAACAGCGGCCCACUGUGUUAUUAAUAAGAACAUUAUGGGUGUCAGAGUCGGGGAAUACGAUAUAGGAAGUACAGUUGACUGUUACGGCUACGACAAUAUUAUAUGUGAAGAACAUAUUCAGGAUAUCCAGGUUGAAGACAAAAUCAUUCAUCCUUAUUAUCAACAAACAGAUCUUAACGAUAUCGCUCUGUUAAGACUUAAAGAUGAAAUUGAUUUUACACAUGAAAACGUGAAACCGAUUUGCUUGCCUCUGUCUAAAGAGCUGCGCAAGAACAGAUUGUCUGAAAAAAUGGGAGUUGUAGCCGGUUGGGAUCUCAGCACAGGACGUUCCCCUUCAACACCUCAAAGGACUUACAUUCCGUUACAUGACGAUUGUAGUCAAUAUGUAGACAGAGUUAAUAGUGUAAGAGAAAAUAGCUUCUGUGCUACUCAAAAUAGAGAUGAGUGCGUUGGCAAUUCUGGUGCUCCUCUUCUAGUGGAAGCUCAGUAUAAUUCCACAACAAGAUACGUCCAAUAUGGCGUUCAAUCCGUGGGAUCAGUGACGUGCAGGUCUUCCGCACCACUUGUUUAUACAGAUGUCAGGAAAACUUUUUCUAACACAAACUUGCCGCAGAACAUCUUUCUCUCGCCUCUUAUCACCGAGGAAUUUAUCUUUCAGGUCUGCUGUUCCGAGUUCCCUCCACUCAGUUUCAACUACUACAUUCCUUAUAAAGACAAACCUGUACUGCCCAAAGAGUGUGGCCGCAUUUACGAAGCACCUAGCGAUAGUUCUGUUGCUGGGCUUUACGAGUUUCCGUGGAUGACCCUCAUAGCUUAUAGAACACCCAACGGCCUGGAAUUCAAAUGUGGUGGGACCAUUAUAAGUUCAAGGUAUAUCCUCACCGCUGCCCAUUGUAUCAAUAGGAAUGUGGCUUCUGUCCGGGUCGGUGAAUUAAAUAUCGAUACAGCCCUAGACUGCGCUGAUAAAUUGAUAAGUAAUAUCUGUGAAGAACAUACACAGAAUAUAAAAGUCGAAGAUGUGAUUCCUCAUCAUCUUUUCUCCGAGAUUACCUUGGUACAUGACAUCGCUUUGAUAAGAGUGAUGGAGGAUAUUAAUUUCGAUUUUGCUAAUGUAGCCGCCGUCUGCUUGCCCUUGGCAGACGAGUUACGCAACAAUUCCUUGGAUAACCGUAACGGUACAGUUGCUGGUUGGGGACAGACACAAGUCAAUAGCUUCUCUUCUAUUCUGCGAAAAGUCAACCUUCCUAUCCACAGCCGUUCGAGAUGCGACAAAUUCUAUAAGGGGUUAGAGAACCAGUUCUGUGCUGGAGAAGUGAAUAAGGACUCUUGCAGCGGAGACUCAGGCGGGCCCCUGAUGCUUCAAGAGGACUACAACGGAAAAAAGCGUUACGUACAGUACGGAGUAGUCUCUCGGGGUCCAAGAAUUUGUGGGACUUCUGUCCCAGGUGUGUACACUGAUGUGAGGAAGUACAUUGACUGGAUAUUAUUAAAUGUUAAAGAAUAA